AUGGAGACUCCAAUACCCGUCCCCAGCCUCACAGUCUACUGCGGCGCCGCCGUCGGCAACCACUACGUCGCAUCACCUUUUGUCCUCAAACUCGAAACGCGCUUGCGUCUCAGCGGUUUCGCUUACCGUACAGAAUUUGGAUCUCUCCUUCAAGCACCGCGCGGCAAGGUCCCAUUCGUGAAGCUGGAGUCGCCCGCCAUAGUGGAGGGGGAGAAAGGAAAAGAGGAGCUGUUGACGGAUUCGGCGUUGAUUACGGAGCGGCUGGUUCGGGACGGGCAUAUAGCGGAUUGGAAUUCUAGGUUGACGGGAGCGGAGAGAGCGAAGGAUGUCGCGGUGAGGGCGUUAUUGGAGGAUCGGUGGUAUUUUUUCGCGGCCCGAGAGAGAUGGAUGGACAACUACUACGCGAUGCGGGACGACACACUCGGCUUUAUCCCAUGGCCGUUCCGGGUUGUUUUAGGUCUUGUGCUGUACCGCAAGAUCAAGGAUCGACUUGACGGCCAGGGCGCGUUGCGGUACACCGACGAGGAGGCCGCCGCAGCCGGGGCAGAAGCAUGGGAGAAUGUCAACGAAUUGCUGGUCGAAUCGCACAGAAAGGCACAAGAGAAGGGCAAGGUUGGGCCGUUCUGGGUCCUUGGUGGUCCUCAGCCGACGGAGGCGGAUGCCACAGUCUUUGGAUUUAUUGUGGGAUCACUAGAUCGCUUACAAGCACCAGCGACAGAAAAAGUGGUGCGGGGGUUCCCGGUGAUGAUGGAAUACGCGAGGAGGAUCCACGACGCCUACUUUAGUGACUAUAAACGUUGGACUGAUGGAGAGGUCGAUGCUCAGGUUUCCGAAACCUAA